GCAUGCAAUGAUGGAUGUAGUUUUUUUUGCUUUAAUUGCAUAGUGAAGUGAAUUUAUUUAAGAUGAAAAGGAUAAAUUAUAGACCUGACAGUUUCGGUCUAAUUUCCUAAUGUUCAGCACGUUUGUGAAAGAAAAUAACCUAACACCGGAUCUAAAUCUAUAUUUAGUUAUAAUUAAUUCUACAUAAAACAUUUGUUUGGUAAAACCAAUUAUUUUGCUCAAAAACCUAAUUCAUGUAUGUACCGCAAGUAUAAUGAUAUUCUGUAACAUUUAUAUAAGUAUCAUUUAGCAUUUUAAUUCUUCUUGUAAUUAAUAUAUACGUUAUGGAGAUGUUACAUGCAUGUGUUCUACCUUUCAUUUUAACAAUCUUGCAUGAACGUACAGAGGCGCAAUUGUUUCCCGAAUCAUCCAGUAGAAAUGCUUCUCCAGUAUCGGACAGAGAAAUUUUUAAUACCAUUGAAACUAUAUUUCAACAACUGUUACAAGAGAAAUUAAGGAGAAUUGCUCCAGGGGAGGCAAUUCCUGCAUUUGAUGUGGAGAUUAACCCGAUAACAACGACACGGAGUCCGCCUAAAAAUACAUGGGACUGCUCUGAUCGGAGAAUAGAAUGUCCAAGGGGGACAGAAUGUGUAGCAAUGGGGUCCUUGAGGUCACAACACACAAACCUUUGUCCUAGAGAUUUGUCAUGCCCCUGUAUUUGCAAACGAGGCUGUCGCCUGGGAAACCAAUUUUUAUCAACAGGGUUGGAGCUCUUGAAUUCAAAGUAUUGUCGGCUUUGCCAUGAAGAUGGAAGGAUAGAAUUUGGAACCAAAAAGAAGGAAUGUAAAGAGAUGAAAAAACGAGCUUCUAAAAUUACACUAUCUAGAUUCAUCCGCUAGAAGUUUGCAUAAUUGGUGUUUCAUUAUCCGGCCUUUUGUGGGUUUUUUUUUUUUUUUGUGAAAGUUGCUUUUAUUUUAAUAAGGCACGUGUGAUUCAAGUAAACAACAAAAUGAAUAACAACCAAGAGGGAGUAUUAAAUGUUUCAGUAAUUCAGCACCAUUUCGGGCAAACUAAGAAAUACAAAACUAAUGCUCCUGUCAACUUCUUCAUGUUUGAAUGAAAUUAAUGCCAAGUAAAUACACUGUCGUUGAAAAUACAAUAAAUGGGCCAUGUCCUGGUAUCACUGGAUUUUUUCUCAAUCUGGACUCGAAUUGAAACAUAAAAGGUUCGUUUUCUUACAAUAAAAAGGGUCGCUGUAGAACUUUGGAGCUCUCUGGUUGAGAAAAUACAGAUACCAGUAGUCCAACAAGAGAUGGAGCCACAGAUCCAAGAUUUGAAGAAAAAAUGCUUAUAUGUAUAUUUUAUGUCUUUAAUAUCAAUAUUAUUAUUAUUAUUAUCAUGCAAGCAUAUAAUGUACAACAGUAAGUAUUCUGUUGAAUAAAAGGCUUUUGACAUCGUU